GCAAAGGAAGCUAGGAAGGGAUCAAGGAAACCUCUAGCAUCGUAGAUCAACACAUUGAAGCGGUGUGAACCGAGCGAGCACACGGCUGCCACGGUACCGAGAGUACACUGAGUCCUUCAUACAGCGAGGGUCAACAUGUCUGAGACAUACGACUUCCUGUUUAAGUUCCUGGUGAUUGGCAGUGCUGGGACGGGUAAAUCCUGCCUCCUCCACCAGUUCAUUGAGAACAAGUUUAAACAGGACUCCAACCACACCAUUGGCGUGGAGUUCGGCUCCAGAGUGGUGAACGUUGGUGGAAAGACAGUCAAACUGCAGAUCUGGGACACCGCGGGGCAGGAACGAUUCCGUUCUGUUACACGCAGCUACUACAGAGGAGCAGCUGGAGCACUCCUCGUCUAUGAUAUUACCAGCCGGGAGACAUAUAAUGCCCUUACCAACUGGCUGACAGAUGCACGGACACUGGCAAGCCCCAACAUUGUUAUUAUCUUGUGUGGCAACAAGAAAGACCUGGACGCAGACAGAGAGGUGACCUUCCUAGAGGCCUCGCGCUUCGCUCAGGAGAACGAGCUGAUGUUUCUAGAGACCAGUGCUCUGACGGGGGAGAAUGUGGAGGAGGGUUUUCUGAAGUGCGCUCGCACCAUCCUCAACAAAAUAGAUUCAGGGGAGUUGGACCCAGAGAGAAUGGGUUCAGGUAUCCAGUAUGGAGAUGCUUCAUUGAGGCAGCUGCGACAGCCAAGAGGCACCACCACACAGAAUAAGCAGCAGUGUAAUUGCUAGGGAUCGGGGCCCGACCCUCACCUCAGCCCAUAGGCCCACACAGACAGGACAUCCCCUACAGCUCCAGGUGUUUUUCGGUGUGUGGGACCCAUCUCUCUGCAGUCUCACACACCUUGGAUCACCUGGAUGAGUGGUUGUGGAGAUCACUGCAACCCCUGACCCCUGGCCUCCGGUAAGAGUCUCUACUUCUUACCUGAGGGGGUCAGCUUUGUACCUGCGUCUGGACAGGGAAACCCUUCAGUGUGAACACGCUGAGAUCAGAAAGAAGAUGAAUCCUCUUCUUCAAAAGUCAGUUUCUCAGUUACUUACCAGACAAGGACAAGUCAAGGGUUGUGUGUAUGGGCUGCCCUUCUUUUAUCUACGUGCUUUUCCGUUCUGGUUUAAGUAACAUCCACAUGCUUUCUGCAUUUGCACGUCAUUGUUUGUAACUUAUUAUUGGCAAACUGUUUUGCGCAUAUUCAUUGCUCGGGAUUCAUGAUUUGUUUGGUCAGCGCCUUUGAGUUUUAACUUUCAUGCAGGCACCUGUUGAUAUUUAGCUUUUUAUAAUCCAUGACUUCAGUUAACUGUGCUUACCACAAGUUCAGCCUGUUAUUAAUAGUGACUAAGUGACAAACAGUCUAAAUGUGACCUCUUAUAAGUAACUUGCACAGAUUUUGGGUUAGAGUUAUUGUAUAGAAAUUGAAAUCAGACGCUAUUCAAAUCUUUACAAAGGUUUCUGCAGUUGUUGUCCAUGAAUGCUUCACAUCUGAUCUGAAAGCAUCUGAUCUUGAAGCAGUUAAUCUGUGGAUUUGUGUGUGCUUCAGAUCAAGACAAGACAAGACAAGCCCAAAUAUAGUACCCAGGACUUUUAGUCCCUCUGAAAUGCGUUACAUUGAGUUUUUGGAAUUUUUGGUUUGCCUUAAAAUGCACUGUUAUGAUGUAGAGUAUUGGCCUUAGUAAUGUAAUCAGUAAUUGUGGAUCUACAGUAUAUUAUUCUAAAUCACCAUGUCUCUAAAAUGUCAAAGGGAAUGGUCCAGUCACUCCAUUCUACAUCUGCAUAGACAAGCCUGGGUCAGGUUGAAAGCACAAAAAAGAGAAAUGUUGCUCUUUUAUUUUACUCCAAAGGCCCGGAGGUCUGUACAUGUGUAUUAUCAGAUUCACGCCAUGUUCAAGUCCCCAUGUCUCUGGUCCUAUCACAGAGAAAGAUUAAGAUCAGUGUUUGCAAAACUAACAGUGUUUUUGACUCCUCCUGCUGGGCUUUUUCUCCAUGACCUUCCUCUGAUUUAUGCUGCUCUGCAUGCACAUACUGCAUAAGGGACGUCACAGGAAACCGCAGUUGGCUUUGCCUCAGUGCCAUGUUUGGGAAACUCUUCAUGCCGCCCACCCGGUUCCCUCGUAGAGGUUUGACAGUGUUUAACCAUGCAUGGCUGUGAGUGCACCCUGACAAAAGUCUGGAUUCUGUUUUUAACCUUUCAAGUAGUUUUCACUUCUGUUUGUCAAGCACAGAAGUAGCUCCGGUCUGCUCCGCUGCAGAAUGUUAGUGAGUUUGUCGAGCCAACCCAGAUGUUUUAUCCUUAGAGCAGACCCUGUGUUGCCCCAGAGAGAAACAGGGACUUUCCACUGAAACAUGGUUUCCUCUCUCUGUGUAACACUGACAGUAUGGUUUGUGGUGCUGCUGGAGGAGAAUGAGGUUGCGAGUUAGUGACCUAAAAAUCAGUUGAGUCAACGGCACUGCUUCUGUCUGAACCACUUAGGGAGCAGGUCUUACGGACCCAGCCAAGAGGAGAUCAAAACAAACUGCCUGCAAACUUUUUUUCUCAUGUCUUCUCCUCAAGUGUUAGCAUAUGUUCACCCAGACAAACCAUAUGUAGUGAGCCAGCACACUGAAGGGAGAGACAUGGUGAGCUGUGCAAACAUGAGAUGGUAUAGGAUAUCAAGAGACAGAUGGUCAAGAAAAAUGUUUUCCAUAAAAUAUUGGCAUUGUGUGAUAGUUUGUCUCCUUCUGCAAGUGCACUUUUACUUUUGAAAUUUUCAUUUUUGUUCUGUUUAUAUGCUGUAACUAUAGAAUUGUACAUUUUAUUUUACUUGAACUGUAUUCUGUAAUAAAGAUUUUAAUUGUA